AUGGAUGAGCGAAGGCCGAGCGGCGCAGGUCACAUCCGUAACGACCUGUGUGUCUGUCUAACCUCCCCAGGUGACAUCCGUAACGACCUGUGUGUCUGUCUACCCUCCCCAGGUCACAUCCGUAACGACCUGUGUGUCUGUCUAACCUCCCCAGGUGACAUCCGUAACGACCUGUAUCUCACCUUGGAAAGAGGAGACUUUGAAAGGGGAGGAAAGAGCGUCCAGAAGAACAUUGAGGUGUCCGUUUACGUGCUCUACGCAGACGGAGAGAUGCUCAAGGACUGUAUCAGCCUGGGCAGUGGUGAGCCCCACAUUAGUGAACACCGUUCCUUUGUCCUCUACCACAACAACAGCCCCCGCUGGAGCGAGGUGGUUAAACUACCCAUCCCCAUAGACCGCUUCAGAGGGUCACACCUACGCUUCGAGUUCAGACACUGCUCCACCAAAGACAAGGCGGAGAAGAAGCUGUUUAGCUUUGCCUUCACACCACUGAUGAGAGAGGACGGGACAACGCUGUCAGAUGAGAGUCACGAGCUCUAUGUCUACAAGUGUGACGAGAAUGCUACGUUCAGUAACCACGCGUUGUACCUGGGUCUGCCCUGCUGUAAGGAGGACUUCAACGGCUGUCCCAACAUCCCCUCCAGCCUCAUCUUCCAACGCAGCACCAAGGAGACCCUCUGGAUCUCCACACAGCUCUCCUCCACCAAGCUCACACAGAAUGUGGACCUGCUUGCGUUGUUGAAGUGGAAGGCCCACCCAGACAGAGUGAUGGACAUCCUGGGGCGACUACGUCAUGUCAGUGGAGAGGAGAUCGUCAAGUUCCUCCAAGACAUUUUGGACACCCUGUUUUCCAUUCUGGAUGACAACACUGACAAGUAUGGUCCUCUGGUGUUCCAGUCACUGGUGUUCAUCAUUAAUCUGCUGAGGGACAGCAAGUACUAUCACUUCCGUCCCGUCAUGGACACUUACAUCCAGAAGCACUUUGCUGGAGCGCUGGCGUACAAAGAGUUGAUCCGCUGUCUGAAGUGGUACAUGGACCGUUCUGCAGAAGUGGUGAAGCAGGACCACAUCCAGGAGGCCAUGAGGGCUCUGGAGUACCUGUUGAAGUUCAUUAUCCAGUCUCGGAUCCUGUACUCCCGUGCUACCUGUGGUAUGGAGGAAGAACAGUUCAGAGCCAGCAUCCAAGAGCUCUUCCAGUCCAUCCGCUUUGUCCUCAGUCUGGACAGCCGCAGCUCUGAGACACUCAUCUUCACACAGGCGGCGCUCCUGAACUCGUUCCCGGCCAUCUUUGAUGAACUGCUUCAGAUGUUUACAGUCCAGGAAGUGGCAGAGUUCGUACGGGGCACGCUUGGCAGCAUGCCUAGCACCGUACACAUCGGACAGUCCAUGGACGUGGUCAAACUGCAGUCCAUCGCUCGCACCGUCGACAGCCGCCUCUUCUCCUUCCCAGAGUCUCGUAGGAUCCUGCUUCCUGUGGUCCUGCAUCACAUCCACCUCCACCUGAGACAGCAGAAAGAGCUGCUCAUCUGUUCUGGCAUCCUCAGCAGUAUCUUCUCCAUCAUCAAGACCAGCUCUCUGGACACCCCGGUGCAGGAGGACAUAGAGAUGAUGGUCGAGUCUCUCCUGGAUGUGCUACUCCAGACCCUGCUGGCCAUCAUGAGCAAGUCUCAGUCCCAGGAGGCGGUAAGAGGACAGCGCUGCCCACAGUGCACGGCUGAGAUCACUGGAGAGUAUGUGUCCUGCCUCCUAUCCCUGCUGCGUCAGAUGUCUGAAAUCCAUUUCCAACAUCUGCUGGACAACUUCCAGAGCAAAGAGGAGCUGAAGGAGUUCCUGUUGAAGAUCUUUUGUGUGUUUCGUAACCUGAUGAAGCUCAGUGUCUUUCCCCGGGACUGGAACGUGAUGAGGCUGCUGACCAGCAACAUCAUAGUGACGACAGCCCAGUGUCUGUCCCCGGCUCUGAACAAAAACUUCACCGAAGCUGACUUUGAUUUCAAGGUGUGGAACUCAUACUUCAGUCUGGCUGUUCUCUACAUCAACCAGCCCAGCCUACAAUUAGAGAACACCACACCAGCCAAGAGGAAGAAUGUGUUGGACAAGUAUGGUGACAUGAGGGUGAUGAUGGCCUACGAGCUCUUCAGCAUGUGGCAGAACCUUGGUGAGAACAAGAUCCACUUCAUCCCAGGUAUGAUAGGUCCCUUCCUGGGUGUGACCCUGGUGCCUCAGGGGGAGGUCAGGAACAUCAUGAUCCCUAUCUUCCACGACAUGAUGGACUGGGAGCAGAGGAAGAACGGGAACUUCAAACAGGUGGAGGCAGAGCUGAUUGACAAGCUAGACAGUCUGGUGUCUGAGGGGAAAGGAGACGAGAACUACCGCGAGCUCUUCAGCCUGCUAACCCAGCUCUUUGGGCCUUACCCCAGCCUGCUGGAGAAGAUCGAGCAGGAGACUUGGAGGGAGACGGGAAUCUCCUUCGUCACCUCUGUCACGCGGCUGAUGGAACGUCUGUUGGACUACAGGGACUGCAUGAAAGGAGACGAGACAGAGAACAAGAAGAUUGGCUGUACUGUCAACCUGUUGAACUUCUACAAGUCAGAGAUCAACAAGGAGGAGAUGUACAUCCGCUAUAUCCACAAGCUGUGUGGCAUGCACCUCCAGGCUGAGAACUACACAGAGGCUGCGUUCACCCUGCUGUUGUACUGGGAGCUGCUGCAUUGGGAGGAGAGGCCUCUGAGGGAGUUCCUCCACUACCCAGCCCAGAGCGAGUGGCAUCGCAAAGAGGGCCUCUGUCGUAAGGUCAUCAACUACUUCAACAAGGGCAAGUGCUGGGAGUAUGGGAUACCGCUGUGCAGAGAGCUGGCUUACCAGUAUGAGACCUUGUAUGACUACCAAAGCCUCAGCUGGAUAAGGAAAAUGGAGGCAGCGUACUAUGACAACAUCAUGGAGCAGCAACGUCUAGAACCUGAGUUCUUCAGGGUGGGCUUCUACGGACGCAAGUUCCCCUUCUUCUUAAGAAACAAGGAGUUUGUCUGCCGUGGUCAUGACUACGAACGUUUAGAAGCCUUCCAGCAAAGGAUGCUGGGAGAAUUCCCACAAGCCAUUGCCAUGCAACACCCCAACCAACCAGACGAGGCCAUUUUACAGUGUGACGCCCAGUACCUCCAGAUCUACGCCGUUUCGGCGGUACCGGAGAACGUCAACGUUCUCCAGAUGGACCGGGUUCCAGACCGCAUCAAGAGCUUCUACCGAGUCAACAACGUGCGCCGCUUUCGCUACGACCGGCCCUUCCACAAAGGAUCCAAAGACCGAGAGAACGAGUUCAAGAGCUUGUGGAUCGAGAGGACUACGCUGAUCCUCACACAUCCUCUCCCUGGUAUCUCCCGCUGGUUUGAGGUGGAGAAGAGAGAGCUGAUUGAGGUGAGUCCUCUGGAGAAUGCCAUCUACGUGGUGGAGAACAAGAACCAUGAGCUGCGGACCCUGAUCAGCCAGUACCAACACAAGCAGCUCCAUGGCAACAUCAACCUGCUGUCCAUGUGUCUCAAUGGGGUCAUUGACGCUGCCGUCAACGGGGGCAUCGCCAGAUACCAGGAGGCCUUCUUUGAUAAGGAAUACAUCGGCAGUCAUGCAGAGGACACGGAGAAGAUCACUGCUCUCAAAGACCUCAUGCAGGAACAGGUUCACAUCCUGGGGGCGGGGCUUGCGGUCCAUGACAAGCUGGUGCACCCUGAAAUGCGUCCCCUGCACAAGAAGCUGAUAGAUCAGUUCCAAAUGAUGAGGAGCAGUCUCUAUGGUCUGCCUGGGCUGGACAAGCUGAGUCCUGCCUGUUCUGGUGCCAGCACCCCUAGAGGCAUCCUGGCUACGCACAGCCCCAUGAGCCCCGACAGCUUCAAAGUCAUGCACAGGCACAGUCCACUGAAUCUGCUGGGGUCUAUUCGCCACUCGUCCUCCUCACUGUCCUCUCACACCUCCAGUGAGACGGGUAAUCUGGUGAUCCUGACGGACGGCAUGGUGGUGGAACACCCCGAGGACAUCUACCGUAUGCAGGUCUGUCUCCACGCGAGGGUAGUGCCCGCUGUACCCACAGACAGGACUCUCAGCCAUCCAAGUCCUUCCUCCUCCAGCCUGAGCUCCACCCACUCAGCACCCUCCCAGAUGGUCACCUCCUCCAACAGCAUCAGAGGCUCUCCGUCGCUGCCGGAUAAAUACCGGAACAACCGUGAGAUGUUGAUGCUGCUGCCUCCUCACCGUGAAAGACCCAGCUCCGCCAUGUACCCCAACAUCACUGAGAACGGACAGCCAACCAACUUCCAGCGAGCGUUGUUCCACCAGGUGAUUGGUCCCUGCAAGCCCUGCAGCGACCCUAACCUGUCUGUGGCAGAGAAAGUCCUGACCACUCCUAGCAGCUGGAGUCUGGACAGUGGUACCAGAGAGGUGUUGCCGUUCCUGUCCGCCCACGUUGGGAGUGUGAUGGCCCCGCCUGUCCCGCCCCGCAGCCUGCCCCACGGCCACUUCUCCAUGAACUUUGAUGCUUUCCACCACCAGAACAGCGACCUCCCUCCAGCUCUCCCUGCGCGCUCCUCUUUACGAAAGUCAGCCUUGCACCCUAUACCUGCCUCGCCCACCAGUCCCCAGUCCCAGUCCGGCCUGGAUGGCAGUAACUCUACCCUCUCUGGUAGCGCCUCCUCCGGCGUCUCCUCUCUGAGCGAGAGCAACUUCAUGGGCCAGUCAUGUUCCACCGAGUCCCAUGGAACAACGAGACACCCAGCAGAUGCCCUGGACACUGUCUCCGUCACCCCCAGCAUGGCACACUCUACCUGGGCCACGGACGGAGAGGACCUGGGCAUGGACUCCCCCUCUGGUUCCUACCUGCCUGUGCGCUACAGUGUUUCUGAGUCAGAGAUCCUGGAUGGCUCCAAGCCCCCUCCCUGUCGUAGCCACUCCUCUCCUGGGGUGAUCACCCCGCUCAUCACCAAUAUCGUGGUUCCAAUCAGCCCCGUCCUCCCAGAGGCCCAUACCCUUAACAUCCAGAACCUGCCCCACUACCGCCACCAGCCUCCGCCUGCCCUGCCCCCCAAGCCCUACCUGAGAGAGGGGUGUAUUCCUGAGGAGGAAGGGUGUAUACCAGCCAGGCCUAUGCCCAUGCCACGCAAGAUCUCUCAGCCUCUCAUCACCUCUAAGGAAGAGCAGGCCAAAGUGGCGUGGGAGCACGGCAUCGCCGAAGAGUGAAGAGGCGGCCUGGGGGUGUAUUCAGACAGUGAUGUGAAACAUUCUGAACAUUCCAGAUAGAAAUAGAUUAGAUAGAGCGGACACACAUGAUUUCCCCUUAUUCUUUCUGACAGACAAUCAUAUAUGUUCUACAUUAAAUAUAUUUCUAUCUGAAUGUUCUGUAAUGUUACGUUCUCCUGAACUGGCACUUGGUUGGUCGAGGCAUGGUUGGUCGAGGCAUGGUUGGUCGAGGCAUGGUUGGUCGAGGCAUGGUUGGUCGAGGCAUGGUUGGUCGAGGCAUGCCCAUUAGGACAGUGACACAUUGUUUGUUGUUUUGUCUCUGUACUCCAGCACUUUGAAUUUAAAAUGAUACAAUGACUAUGAGGUUGAAGUAAACUGUGCUUACAGCACACAAUCUCCCCAUUUUAAGGGACUACAAGUAUUGGGACCUAUAUUUAUUAACUUCUUGCGUCGAGCCAUCCCCGGAUCCGGUAUCGUGACUACAGCCUCAAGCUCAUUACCAUAACGCAACGUUAACUAUUCAUGAAAAUCGCAAAUGAAAUGAAAUUAAU